AUGCUGGCCGUGAUGAUCGCCCAGGGAUACCUGGAGCCCGGGCAGCCCACAUGGAAGAGCAGCAUCCUCCCGCUGCUGCUGUACGGGCUCCAGGGGCCGGGCCACGGCGACGGCCGUAAGAGCGACGACGACGAAGGCGGCAGUGCCGGUGGUGAUUCGCGCCGUCCCGAGCUGCUCGAUCUCAAGGGCGUCGAGGGGAUCAGCAAGAUGGUGCCGGCUAGGUUCGACAGAGACGAGAGGGCGUUUGUCACGGCGGCCGAGUGGCCCGACGUCGGCACGGAGCUGGCGGACCGCGACGGUCGGGUCAGGGUGAAGAGGCUGAGCUAG